CUAUGUGGCCAAGCAGCUGUUCAUCAACGAUGUCGACGAGAAGCGCAAGAAGGUAGCGGUCAAGGUGCGCCUGCACGACCAGACUGGGCAGGUGGUUCUGGGCAGCUUCGACUCGAAGCCCAUCAAGGUCAUCAGCAAGCCAUCCAAGAAGCGCCAGAGCUCCAAGAACACCGACCUGUGCAUCCACCAUGGGUCAACCAUCUCGCUGUUCAACCGCCUGCGCUCGCAGACCGUGUCGACCAAGUACCUGGGUGUCAGCGGCUCAAUGUCGGCUGGUGGCGCCAGGCCGUUCUGGUUCCCCACCGGUGGCUCUGAGGAUGGCCCCCUGGCGCCGAACUCUGGCCAGCGCAUUGGUGGCCCGGCCCGCUCGCCUACCUUUGUUGCACGCACUGCCGUGUGGGACCCGUUCAUCAUCUGGAUCGCCAACACCAACCUGACGCAGGAGCAGAUUGAUGAGUUCAAUGCAAACAUCCACACAAACCCGACGCCGAUCCCCGGCUACCCGACUCCGCCCAGCCAAGCCAUGCUACCACACUGCCCACCGAUGUUUGACGACAACGUCAGCCUGGGCGACGACAGGAAUGCCAUGGGCGGUCGCUCUAACGAGUCACCUAUGGCCAUCCACUACAACCAGAGCGUCAUCCUUCAGUGCGUUAGCACCGGCAUGGUCUCGCCCGUCCUGACACUGCGCAAGGUCGAGAAGGGCAGCGUUGCUGUCGGUGCUCACCACACCAACGACUGCUUCAGCGAGGUCCAUGGCGACCCGGUGUCGCAGCUGCACAAGGUCGCCUUUGAGGUGAACAUGAGAUGCAACAACGACUUCCCGCCCUGCGUGAUGGCGCAGGACAACCUCGACAACUUUAUCGGCACAUAUCUGACCUGCUUGUCCGAUGUCGGUUGGCCUCAACAAGACCUCUGAUGGCCGGCAGCCCUUGAACGAGGUCUCCCCAUCUGGCAACAGCCGCAAGCAGUCCAAGGAGACCGCUGCCCCCUGCAGGCACAACCCAGUGGGCCGAGGAUGUGGGCGAUUCAGCGGUCUGGACCAUCGUUGGUACCGACUGCGCCAUCCACCGCUUUGACUAUCCGUCAACUACUGAGAUCCUGGAGCGUGCGCGCAACGCACCUAUGGCUCCGGCUAGCCUGUC